CAGAGACUCAGAUCAGCUGAAUAUCAUUGCUCCUCUGCACAGCACAACACCAAAACCAGGACGAUGCUGAAGAGACUUGUCUUAUUACUAGUCUGGGGGGUUUCUUUGUAUAACCUCGUGACUUCUGCCAGAGAGGAGACUUGUCAAAGCCUGCCUGCAAUACCGAAUGGAUACACCGUUGUUACACAGUAUGACUGCAAGGAGAAGUUUGAGUACAGAUGCCACAGCAAUUACAUCUUGGACGGUGCAGUGGAAGCCCAGUGUGGGAAAACAGAGACCCAGAAGCCAGUUUGCAGAGCUUCUUGCAUCAUCAGUGUACAAAGAGGUCGCAUCUUGUACAACAAUCAAAAGACCUGGCUGCACGACCUGCCAGAGAGGAGAGUCCAGCAUUCUGACAUGGUGGCAUUCUAUUGCAAAGAUAAGGACAGGGGAUGUGGCUACCCGGUUUAUACCCAGUGUGUGGAUGGCAAUCUCACAAUUCCAUCCUGUUACAAAGAACCUAGUAGUUUCACAUAUAAAUUCAAAUAUAGCAGCCUGCCAUCGGAAAUACAACAGUGCUGAAGCAAUGAAAUCUGAUGACUAAAGAAAACAGCUGCCAUUAAAGAAUCUUCUUUUACCUGUUGUUUACCUGCAUUUCUUUUGAUGUCCUGAUCAUGGCAGAUUCCUUCAAAUAAAAUAUAUUGUAAUCUUC